AUUCGCGACAGCAUGAGCCGCUAUUUUGGGGAUCGGGUUCGCCACAUGUUCAAUAGAUCUUGGCGUGACUUUGGUCCUUUUUGCCAUUCUAACGUAACGAGGAAGAAAGCUCAAGGUUUGCUCAAGAUGGCGCUCACUCAGGUGUCCUCCAACAAGUGCGCAGGAGGUUUCCAGAAGGUCUUUGAACAUGACAGCGUGGAGCUCAAGUGCAAAAUGAAGUUUGCCAUCUUCCUGCCGCCCAAGGCGGAGACGCAGAAGUGUCCCGUCCUGUACUGGCUCUCAGGCCUGACGUGCACCGAGCAGAACUUCAUCACCAAGGCGGGAAGUCAGCUGGCCGCGGCCGAGAACGGCAUCAUCGUGGUGGCGCCGGACACCAGCCCGCGCGGCUGCGGCGUGGAGGGCGAGGACGACAGCUGGGAUUUGGGAACCGGCGCCGGUUUCUACGUGGACGCCACCCAAGAGCCGUGGAAGAGCAACUACCGCAUGUACUCCUACGUGACCCGGGAGCUCCCCAAAGUGAUCAACGACAAGUUCCCGGCCGACCCCGACAGGAUGUCCAUCAGCGGCCACUCCAUGGGUGGCCACGGGGCGCUCAUUUGUGCCCUCAAGAACCCCGGAAAGUACAAGGCGGUGUCAGCCUUCGCUCCCAUCUGCAACCCCACGCAGUGCCCGUGGGGGCAGAAAGCAUUCGCCGCUUACCUGGGCCCCCAGCGCGCCGCCUGGGAGGCCUACGACGCCACGGUUCUGGCUGCGGGCUACUCGGGCCCGCCGCUCGACAUCCUGCUGGACCAGGGCCGCGACGACCAGUUCCUGUCGGCCGGCCAGCUGCUGCCCGACAACUUGAUCGCCGUCUGCUCUGACAAGAAGAUCCCCGUGGUGUUCCGCCUGCAGCCUGGUUACGACCACAGCUACUUCUUCAUCUACUCGUUCAUCGGCGACCAUAUCAAGCAUCACGCCAAGUUCCUCAAUGCCUGAAGAUGCCAACCCCCGCCACCUUUCGCUACAUUUGCAAUAAAAGUCCUUACUCAACUGCC